AUCCAAAGGAUUUGGCACAAAAGGUUGAAAAUGGUCGAAUUGGCCCUCAUGGAAUGGUCCGAUUUUUGCGUGAUCUUGGUGUGGAUCCAACCAGUCGAAUGGCACUGAUUUUAGCUUGGAAGUUGAAGGCUGAAAGGCAAUGUGAAUUUUCUCAACAGGAAUUUCGUGAUGGAAUGAAUUCUUUGGGUGCUGACAGCUCCGAAAAAUUAAAACAAUUAUUGCCCAAUGUCGAAAGAGAAUUAUUGGAGAAUAAAAACCAAUUUCGAGAAUUAUACCAAUUUGCCUUCAAAUAUGUUAAACUUGCAAAACAGUCAAGUAUGGAGUUGGAUACGGCUAUUGAAUGCUGGCGAAUAUUGCUUGCCAACACAGACACCCGUCUUUCAAGUUGGAUUGAGUUUUUGCGAUUGAAAAAAGUCCGCGGAAUUCCAAAGGAUACCUGGAACUUAUUUCUUGAUUUUCUGACAAAUAUUGCUGUGGAUUUUUCAAAUUAUGAUAGCGAAAGUGCUUGGCCGGUACUCAUUGACGAAUUUGUUGAACACGAAUUAAAGAAAAUUGCAAAUAAUCAGCCUGCUAACAAUAAUAAUUAGCUAGAGAAUAUUUGCAAUACAAAAACAAAAAAUAUUUUUUGCUUCAAAAUACUUUUUCUACAAUUACAAGUAAAUAUUUUUUGUUUUUCUAAAAAAUUAUUCAAGCAUUUGUUUAUAUUCCAGGAAUUUUGUUGGCUGACGAAAACUUAAUUGACAGAAAAUCUACACAUUUUGUUGUUGUACCCCCUCAAAAUCUGCCUGUAAAAUAUUUUCUCUCUAAUGCGAGGGUUAUAUAAAAAUCGCGCGCGUUUUGCGACAGAAAAGAUAAUGGGAAAUGAGGAGGUAAAGUCGCAAGCGAUUUUGUCUCUCCUACUUUUCAAUGUUAUUUUCUGUCGAAAGACAAAAAGCGACUUUUAUUUAAUCACAGCAUAAUGACCAGAAAAUCUCUUUUUGUUUUUUUGUUUGUCCCCGGUAUUACCCAGGCUCAGAAAAAUUUUUUACAGGAGAUUUUUCUCUUUUAAGCACAAUUACUCUCCUCUCAUAAAUACCCCCUUUUGUCUUUUUUUGGCAAUCCCGGAGAAUUGGGGUCCCUGCGAAAAA